AACAAGAUGUUCAAGUUGACAGUUUUGUGUGCUUUCCUUGCCGCGGCGUCGGCCACGCCUGGAGCUUUUAUUGCACCAUUGACCUAUUCCUCCAAUGUAUUGGCACCGGCGCCGGCCGUUAUAUCAAGCCACCCCAGCAACUUAGUCUACUCAUCGCCCUACUACCCAUCGGCACCCUUGGCUUACUCUGCACCAUGGAGCUACUCUCAUCUCAUCAAGAAACGAUCUGCUCCAUUGGCUGUAAGCAGCUACAUCGCGCCAUCUCCGUACUUCGCCUCUACACCUUUAUCCACCACUUACACCUCUCCCUUUGCAACGUCUUACGCUGUUAAUACUCCUCUGACUACUACUUACACUGCGGCUGGCCCUCUGGCAUCGUCUUAUAUUUCUCCCUACUAUGCUACUACUGCCCACCUGAUCAAAAAGAGGUCCGCUCUGUUUAACGUGCCUUCUCCUUACGUGGCUUCUUAUGCUCCUUAUACUGCAGUGACUCCAUUUGUGCCUACAACCUACGCAGCUGCUGGUCCCUACGUGUCAACUCCUCUGAUCUCGUCCACUCCCUUUGCCUACAAUGCUCACUUAAUCAAGAAACGUUCCGCUGGUCUCGCUGUAGCAGCCUACUCCGCUCCUGCUGCUUUCUCUCAUCAGUCAAGAUUUGACUACCGAUCCAAUUCUCCUGCCAUCACUUAUUCUUCUUACUCACCCUUCGCUUACUCCAGCCCAAUUACUGUGUAUUAAAAGGACUAAUAUUAAAUUUUAACUG